UUUAAUUUUCAAGUUAGUAUGUUGAAUUUUCAAGUGAGUAACUUGAAUUUUCAAGUGAGUAACUUGAAUUUUCAAGUUAGUAUCUUGAAUUUUCAAGCUGGUAUGUUGAAUUUUCAAGCUAGUAUGUUGAAUUUUCAAGUUAAUAUGUUCAAGUUAGUAUUUAGUAUGUUGGAUUUUCAAGUUAGUAUGUUGAAUUUUCAAGUUAGUAUGUUGAAUUUUCAAGUUAGUAUGUUGAAUUUUCAAGUUAGUAUGUUGAAUUUUCAAGUUAGUAUGUUGGAUUUUCAAGUUAGUAUGUUUAAUUUUCAAGUUAGUAUGUUUAAUUUUCAAGUUAGUAUAUUGAAUUUUCAAGUUAAUAUGUUCAAGUUAGUAUGUUGA